AUGUCAGAGGAGAUCGGCCACGAGGGCGUCACGUGCGGGCCACGUGACAAAUCCGACUGCAAUAUGCAUUAUUGUUGCUGCAGAGUACAUUUAAACUCGUUUGAAGAAUGGCAUAAAGGUUUUCUGCUGUUGUACCGAGAUCUGGAGGAGAAUAUCAGGUUAUCAGCUAUAUAUUUAGCUAUAUUGUACACAAUGGCUUGGAUUCUGGAUGAGUGCUCAAAAUUUCAUGGUAAUUCACCUGCAGUUAUAGGAAAGCCAACAGACCUGGGAGGAUCACUAGGACGAGAAGCAGCAAUUAGGCAUGGAAUUGUAUUUGAGACUGAAACCUUACUCACUGAACAUGGAAAAUUGAUAAAGGAUCUAACAUUUGCCAUCCAGGGUUUGGAAUGUUGGAUCAUGGGCUGCAAACAUGAACUAGGUGGAAAAGUUAUAGCAGUGAGUGACAUGAUAUAA